AUUUUCUUUUUUCAGUACCCUUUUCUGGGUUUGCAGCUGGAUUAGCUGGAUGAACGCGCAGCUGCGCAGUAACUUGUCUAAUUUCGGAGUAGCUUUUCUAAUUUUUUUUCCUUUUAUUUUUUUCUUUCGAAUGAUUGGCUUGUCAAUAUAUCCCAUUUUCGUGUAACUUUUACCACUUAGUAAUUUGUGUCAGUAUUUUUCAAAAUUUAGAGGUCCCCCGUGGGUUUGAACUGGAGAUAAGUUGAAUGGACAUACUUUGAAUCAUAUUUUGGAGGGGGUUGUAGCUUUAAUUUUACUGACUGGACAUAGAGAUCAGUGUGUGGACCGGCGCUGUGAGCUCAGCAUCUGACUGUGGGAUCUUUUUGGACAGUCGAGCCUCCGGUGCCAACGCCUUUCCCCCCUCUCUCUACUUCUCCUCCUCGGCUGGGAAAGUUCAGCUCACACCGCCCCGAGGGCUGUUUGACGGCGUUACUCUGAUACCCAUGAACUGCUGAAGCCACCGUCUCCACACUGAAGAAGUAGUUUGAGAGUGAAAAUGGGCUGCACGAUCAGCGCCGAGGACAAGGCUGCGGUGGAGAGGAGUAAAAUGAUUGAUAGAAACCUGCGAGAGGACAGAGAGAAAUCCUCCAGAGAAGUCAAACUCCUCCUGUUAGGUAUGUUGCUCACUUUUCCUAACCCAUGAAAUCAACCAAGGUGUCAUCAAUCUUUAUAGUUCAAAUUUUGACUUUUUACUGCAAUUUUAGCUUACUCUAAACACUCCUCCUCCUCCUCUGGCUGCUUUAAAGCAGCUGUGGCUCAUCAUGUCCUCACUGACAGAACCCAUAGAAGUAAACCAGAUGUUGUUGGUGUGGGAGCAAAGCUUUACUCCUCUGCUUCCUCACAAGUUUUAUAUCUUAUCAAGAAUUAAGGAGUAGGUCCAUUCUCAGAGGGGACUUCUUGUCAAUGUUGGCACUUGUUUUAAAGCUCUCUUAACUCCUGCAGGCCUGUUUUACAUCUGUGAUUUAGCCUGCUGAGAAAUGUUGAGCUGUACUUCCCCAAUGAAGAGAAUCAGAACCCAAAGAAAUGAGAAGUAAAAGCUUUGAUUUGUGUUGUAGUUGGUUGGUAUAAAUCUAUUUCUCUUAUGCUAGAGUUGCAUAUCCCUGAUAUUUUCAAACCUAUAAUUCAGAGCAGUCUUUAAUACUAGUGCUUCAAAACUUAAAAAAAGAACAUAUAAGUGUGAUGGAAGAGAAGUUUCAAAGGUCUCUGGUGGACUCUAGGUCCCGUGCCAUGGCCUCUCCCACAUUGCCAGGAUGUAAUUGACCAUCUGCUGUAGCUGAGCCUGUUGGUUUGUAUCACUGGCACACCCUCAGUGGUCCUGACAUUGUGGCUGCAGAUUCACAGAUGUGAAGGAUUAAAUGCCCAUAAACCAGCAGUAACAUUUUUUUUCAUGCUCUCUGCCCUGUAGCAGGAACGCUGUCAGUAAAUGUUCCUUCCUAGUUUUUAAAACCUAAAUUUUCACCAUAAUUGAGAAUAGGUCUAUUGCCAGUGUUUGUAGUUUGUGACCUGUCAUAAUCAGGUUAUGAUCUAGCCCUAACUAUAAGUGACCCUGAGGUUGUGUCCUCUGAUUGAUGCAGAGGUUGGUCUAAAUCUAAUCUGUUUCAGUGUAAUUUUUAUUAAAAUAUAGAGAAGUAAAACAUGUGACAUAUUCAAAUGGGUAAUUUCUGUUUCCCUCUUUGAUUUUCUUCAGAAAAACUCCAAAUUCUGUAUACUUCUGUGCCAAAAGCAACUAUUUUUAUGCACUUAAUACUUGGAAAUCCUGCCAAAACAGACUUAUUAAGCCUUAAAACUAAUCAAUGAUAGUGUUUUAGUACAUUUUGUUUUGUGGAGAUGUUUUGUUUCCAAAUGAUCUUUCCUCUGAAGUUGUAUACUGUAUAUUUUCACCCGGGCGUAUUCAUAAACACAUAAUAUCCUGCCUGGUCAUAAAACUAUUAUUCUCCUUUGAUCUGCUGGGAAAGUGCUUGGACACAAUUUCUUAUUUACCCAGCAGAUUCAGGGAAAUAUAUCAGCCUGUAUGUGGAGUGUUGUUACUGCCAAAUUGAUGAAUGCAAUUUAAAUUCAAAGGCCAAAAGUAAGUGUAAAAAGGACAAAACAAUCAACUCUGUUAGGCCUCCAAACUCUUUGAAUAAUAAGAAGUACAAACUUCACAAUCUGCUUGUACUGAUUCAGUGUCAUAGUCACCCCUGACUUUUGGUUGAGAUGUUAAUUUGUCCCAUUUCAUGGUAAUAUGACUAUGAGAGAAAAAACAGACACGUUGCUUUACUUUUAGUUCUGCUAAAACUAACUGUAGCCUCUCAGUAAGCUGUAUUCACAAGGUUGCAACACAAUAUGAGUGAGACUUUCCUUCAGUGAGAUUCCUGGCAACAGAAGUUCAGAAAUAUCACACUGAGGGUUGUAACACCUGCAACAGAACAUCAUCAGGGGCAUCUCACCUGUAGAUCCGACAUCAUCCUCAACAAUCUGUCUAAUUCACUCACUGUUGGUCUUCAUUUGCAUAAUGUGUUUAUCACAACAACUUCAAGAUACCCUGUGAUGAGACAGAAGGUCGUCUUAUGUUAUCAACACAACAUCUGAUUAAUUUGAAAGUGGUGAAGUGAGUGUGUUCAUUCUGCCUGUAAAAUGAUCUUAUCUGGUUAGACACGGGGGUGAGAAUCUGCCAGAAUACAUGAGAGUGCCAUCUACUUUAUCAAAUGGAAAUUCUGAGUACAUAAGGAGCUUUUUAAUGUGUCAUACAGUCAUCUAUAUAUAAUCAUCCCACAUAUAUUUAUGAAGUAGGACUUCCUGAAGACAUUUGAACCUAAUGCACUGAUGGUUUAUGAUGCAGCUGUGUCUCAAGUUGCAAAUUGCUUCAUCCUUGUUGAUCAUACAUAAUAAUAUAAAAGAGUAACUUCAGUGAAGUGUAUCUGAUUAUACCUUAUGUUAAGUUUCAAUGAUAGUCAGUCAUUUUUGGUUAGCUUGAUUGGUGGGGUUUGAUCACUGGUGAACAAAUCUGUUAUGAUGUCAGGACCUUGAGUUUGCAUAGUUUCAGUGCUCUGUUGGAAACUUGGUUUUGAGUUUAAGGGUCCAUGUUUGAUGUACCACCAUUGCAAUAUUGAGAGCAGAUGUAUAAUCACAGGUUCUAAAGAUGGGGUGUGGAUUUUUGCAUCUGAAUUGUUUUGGUUUCUAUUGGUUGUAAGAUUGCGGUAAAAGUGACAUCGACCAAUCAUGUUUCAGAAAGUUUUAGUGUGUUGAGACAAACAGCCAGUAUCGAGAGCAAAAGCAGGUAGAAAGCAACCUGCUGAAACAACAUCAUCACAUCUCCUAUCGCCAAUAAUCUGAUGAUUUAUUUCAAGUGGAUUUUAAAUCCAAAAAUUCCUUAUGUAUGAUACAUCUGCUUGAAACCGUUGCAAAAGUCAGUCAGAAUUGAGAUUUCCUGACUUUCUGGAAUUCAUAAGAGGUGAUUUGUUUGUGAGGCCUCUUUGUAAGUCAUUUAGAGAGACUGGGACUCACCAAAAACAGAUGAACGGAUCUCUGCUGAAGGAUGGAAUAAGCCAAAAAACGACAGCAUUUAUUUUGGAGACAUUUGUGAUGGGCUAAUAUUUAUUUUUAACCUAAACACAUGAUGUCGUCUUCUUCUUCAUUUGCUGACUUAAAUGUAAACAUGCGACACACAGGAAAGAAAGACUUGGCUCAAAGUCAUUUGUCAAAAUGAAGGUUACACUGGAAUGCUCAAAAGGUUAGCUUUUGGUGCCAGAGGCUCAUAAUGUUGUCGAAUGAUAGCUAAUGAGCACAGAGAUUCCUGCGCUGCUGGUGUUGUCCUCACAACAUGAGGCAGUUUCAUCAUCAGCAGGCUUUUCUUACUUAUAGCUGGGACUACAGCACGUUUCCUUUGAAUCUAUGGUAGACGACCAGGAUAAGAUCUGUGCUGAUAAGACCGACACAGAGAGACACUUCUGAAGAGUUUUCACUGUUUGGGGAGAGAUUACAACCCGCUGUCAUUGUUUUGUUGUGUGGCUAAAGAGCUAUUUAGGGGAGCUGUGCCUUGAGUGUAGUGACAGAAGUAAAACCUGAAAUAGAUUUCAUAUGAUGUCACAUAGAUGCCGUUUUUGCAAGGUUAUCAACAAAUCCCAGCCAGCAGCUGACUGAUCUAUGAGGCUUACUUUCAGUCUGAUGAUACAUUUGGUGGUGAAAUGUUAGAUUGCAGGCUGAAAUCACAUUGUAUGUUAACAUUGGUAUAAGUUAUGAAGAAAGGAGUGUUGAAAGGGGAGCAGUUUUUCCAGGCAGUGCCCUCCUCUUUCGUCUACGCUGGAAUGAGAGAGUUAUGGAGGAAAAACAAAAGAGCUCAGAAGCUGUUUAACCACAAAGCUGGGAAGCCAACACACCCAUCCAAUGAAAAUGUUCCCCCGUUUGACCACGAACAGCGAUUCAUAAAAUAUCUACAUCUGAGAUUCUUGUUAAAUGAGGCUCGGUUUGGAGUCCAGACUCCUGCAUGUCUCUGUGAAAUUGGUUUGUGAGCUGGCAAAAAGCCGAGCUUGACAAUCUGCCAAAAAAUGCCAUGAAUGAGAUAAUUGGUGACUGACAGGACUGAAGAAAGGGAACAACACAAUUUGUUCUCUCCUGCCUGUCUGGUGAGCCGGUGUAAAUCUAUUUCACUGCUGACAGCUUAACCAAAGAAUCCAUGGAUUUCACAAAUGUUGGCCAGACAUUUGAACACAUCACACCAGGGCAAAAUUCUAAUGCCUUACCAAAAACAUAUACCAGAACAUCCUGUACGCCAAAACCUUUCAGUAAUAAUAAUAACAGAAACUCAUUAAAUACCCUUGAUUUAAAAGACCUGGAUUUGUUCCAGAGAUUUGUUCUCUGCUGCUUCAGGUGUUCAAAGUGACAUGAAAACAAAUUAUUAUCUUUAAGAAGGAACUUCUAAACUCAGUUUAUGGUUUCUGGGGAUUAAUAUCUCAUUGGUUGGAUGAGUUUGCCAUCAGAUGUUUCAUGUUCACACAGGUUUUCAUACUUCCUUUAUUACACUGCUGGGGUAAAAAUAUUUCAGAGUGAGUUGAUGGAUGAUGCAGUGGAGAAGAAGCACUGACUUGUCACAGCAGGGACCUAGGUUCAAAAAUACAGCAUAUAUAAGAAGAAGAAGGAGCCACUGUAAAGUGAUGGCUAUGAAGUUUUUGAGCCCUGAAGAUGAAUGACUGUGACCGCUGUUUACCCUAACCUACCAUACUCUUAAUUAUGCAAAUGUUUGGUGCUUAAUUUUGUGAAAAAGGCACGCUAUCUAAAUAGUCACCAGUGCACAGUUACCAUUAAAGGGAAAACUGCCCUCAAAGACAAAAAGUUUUAGUACCUGAUUGUUGUUCUUAUUUUGUUUAUUCUGGAAAGUUGGUCAUUUCAUCGCCCAGGUUUUGGGAACCCUUUCAUGGUCAGCCUUAAAUGAUUAAAUGAUGACAAUGAUGUGAACUUUAAGCCAUAAAAACGCAAAGAUCAGAGGUAGGUCACUUUAUGUUCUAUGUAUUAAGGAUAAAAGUGAAACCAGAAGCUGGUUACUUCAUCUCAAAAAGCAGAAGCUUUAAGAAAACAAUGCCUUCAGCGAAUCGGCAGCAGUUUGGCCUCACCGAGCUAUCAGCCAAACAUUUUUGUUGUGAGUUCCAGUAAAUGUAAAAGCAAGGUAAACUGUGCUUGACGUAAUCUUUGACAAACACAGUGACUCAUUUGUUUACAAAUCAAGGUCACAUGCAAGGCUAUGUUAAGCUAAACAUUGGCAUUAAAUCACUAUAAAUCACUAUAAAUCCACAAUUUAAUUAGUUCAUUUCCUUUAAUGUCUGAAUGUACCUUUAAUAUUUAACUUCCACGGAGAAAGGGAGAUUGUGUUUUGCAUAAUUCCACCUUAAUAAACACGCAUGAACAACAAAUAUAUUCCAUUUUUUGGAGGGGUUUGAUUUCUGUCAUCCUUAAGGAGCUAAAAAGACUCAUUGAUGAGUCACUCAACUGUCUGUUAGUCAUCAGUCAUUAUGCCGAUUGUUCAAGUUGUUUUUGUGACAGAAAUGACUAACACUCGCCGGUUGCAGCUUCUUGCUUGGAAAGAUGUUCUUCUUUUCUGUGGGUAUGAGGCUUUUUUUUUUUUUUUGCUAUUUGAUAUUUUUAACAGACCAAGGGACCAAUAAAAACAUAUGCUGAUAAAACCUUGAUUGAAUUACUUGUCAGCCACAACCCAACAUAUCAAAUAAAAACAAACAAACCAAAGAAAUCACCAGGACUUCUACUACAGAUUAGAUUUGCUUGAUUGUCCCCAGAGGAGAGUUGGGCAAUAGUGCAAAGUUCCCACAGAUCAGUGGAACUUGAUGUGACAUAGAAAAGCACAGUUUGUCAAACAGCAAACAAAGUACAAAUAAAACAAAACCCUCCAAAAAACUUGAUUAAUGCUGCAGGAAUAUGAAAAAUCAUAUGUUUAAAAAGACUAGAGGCGAUAAAAGCUGUUAAAUAAAAUACAUAAAACAAGUGAAAAAUUUGAGCCUUAAACUGGUUCAUCAGGGUGUCAGAUUUAGCUGGUGUUUAUUGUAAAGUUGAAAGCCUCAUGAAGUUAUUUUUACACUUACAUGCUAUGCAGCAUUUAGCAGAAGAUAACGGUUUGUUGCAACAGUGCGGGAUCACAGCUACGUCACAGAUGUGGGGAUUUCUGAAAGCCAUUUACAUCCUCAUAGAGACGCCUCUAUUCGUUCAAGUCCAUCAUCAUAGACGACUUUAAAUCCAGGACAAGUUAAAGGUCCUUUCUCUUUAUUCUCAGUAAAGUCAUUGUCAUUUGUCCUCUCUUUUGGGGUUGACCAGCACUGCAGUGUGUAAUCCUGAGGACACGGUUAACUUCGGGAAGGGAGGUCUUGGAAACAGAAGAAGAGUGUACUCCCUCAUACUGAUCAGCAGAGUUUUGGACUGGGGAGAGUUCAGUGUUUAUUUUGGGGCUGUAGAUUGCUGACAGACUCUUUAAAUAAUCGGUGGGGUUUUUAUGGCCCCUCUGCUCUCUGACGCUCACAGCAGCAUGAUAUCUGGGAUUGUCUCUCCAGUGGAAAAACACUGGCUCAGCCAGAAGCGUGACAACUGUUUCCUGUUUGGAUGAUAGUUGUAGAAAUAUUGUAGAGGUUCCUCAUGUGAAAUCAUUUCCCCUCUCAACAUAAUUACAGUGGCCUUUAUUGUAUUAACGACUUUGAUAUCAACCGUACCAUCAUCUGCCACAGAUAAAUAACGCUCUGCUUCCCUGUUGAAGCUAACAGCCCAGCACACUUCUGAUUCCUUUAAUCCUCUCUGUGCUGCAGCACCUCUGUGGUUUACUGUACACAUUGUAGUGUCAGUAGAUCGUAUCUGAUUCCUGACAGUGACGUCUGUUGAUGUUAAUGACAAACAGCACGUCUAAAGGAGGAAUGAAUGUACUGUGACACUGAAAUGUUAUGUAUAUGAGUAAAUCAUGAUGAUAAACUCCCUUAGGCCCAAAUGUUCACCACCGAUUGCUCUCACAAGGCUGCUCUUCCUCUAGUGUUGUGAAGGAACCCAUACUGUGCAUGAUGGCUGAUGGGAUCAGAUGAAGUUUAGCUGUUGUGAAAAGCAGUCUUGAUCUGUCCCCCAUGUAAGAGGGGUCUCAUGUCUUGUGUUUGUGUUGUCAUGGCUGCCGUCAUUCCCCCUGUAGCUGCCUAACUACUGUCCCUGUUUUCCAGGUGCUGGGGAGUCUGGGAAAAGCACGAUAGUGAAGCAGAUGAAGUAAGUCCCACAGCCUGGAUGACACUGGACAUGACUCUAAAUCAAACUGCUACAUCCCAUACAAGGUUUCAAUGCUAUUUUUGUGUUUAGUUGACAAAAGACAGUUGCACUCCCUCCCUCCCUGUUUUAGCUGCAGCCUUGUUGUCAGAGGUUAAUGGUGUGCAGAGAGCUGUGAUUGCAAACAGGGUUCAUCCCUCAUUGGGAGCAAAGCAGGAGCCUGGUUUCACUGGGCUCAGGCAGAGGAGGAAGCACCCUUUUGCAUAACGUGUCAAACAAAGGAGGCCAAUGGUAGCCUGGCAGGACCUGAAUAGAUUCCCCCGGUUCCCACAUUAGACAUGCUGCAUGCACACUGAAGCUCAAAUUCCAGCACUAAUGACAAUGUGCCAUGAAAUUAUUCUCCAAACCGUAAUUUGUCUCACAUUUUUACAGCCAGUGUUCACAUUUUCCAAUCUCUAUCAAAACUCUAAUAGUGUCAUUGGUGUUGUUUCUGUCUCAGGAUUAUUCAUGAAGAUGGAUACUCGGAAGAAGAGUGUAAGCAGUACAAAGUGGUCGUGUACAGCAACACUAUCCAGUCCAUCAUGGCCAUCAUCAGGGCAAUGGGACGCUUAAAGAUAGACUUUGGAGACGCAGCACGGGGCGUAAGUUUCCUACGUGAAAUCUUUUUUUAAGAUGUGAUUUUAAAGGGUCGAAUGUUCUCCUGAAAACUACAGUCUCUGUUUUCAGGAUGAUGCCCGACAACUGUUCGCCCUGGCCAGCUCAGCAGAGGAAGGUGUGAUGUCACCAGAGCUGACUAGCGUGAUUCGGAGGCUGUGGAACGAUCCCGGGGUUCAGACCUGUUUCGAUCGAUCUCGAGAGUAUCAGCUCAACGACUCUGCCGCAUAGUAAGGACUCACUUCUUCAAAAACAGAUCCCCGCAUCAAGUAACACCUCGUGCUAUCAAAAAGUCUGUUGAAAAUCCCUGUCUUGAGCUCAGAGAUUAAAAGACAAAAUCUUCCAUAGAUUAAUAUAGCGUCAGGUGUCACGCCAUUAUUUAAGUUCAAAACUAUCUCUUGUUACAGCCCUACUCCAGCGUAGUCCACUCUGUGUAUGAAUCAGUGCCUUUUUUGGUAAGGCCUCUUAUGAAAUACUGUGUUUUCCCAUGAAAAAGAAACAGCUCUGAUGACUAAGGGUGAUGUUUGACAUUGCAUCACUUAUUUUUAAGGUCCUCUUUUAAGUAGGCCAGAUGCAUUUGUGUAGUCUUGGUUCCCCAUUACAGAGAAGUGGUUCAGUGUUGGCUAAGAAGCUUUCUCCUUAACAUGUGUUGUAACAACGAGAGAGACAAGAUGCGUCUUGUUCCUUACAGUCUUGUGUCAGCUUGUUGCACAGAUUGAUAGCAUUCCUGAGAAGGAGAAACUGACAGCUGGAAAUGGUCUCUGUCAGCGCGUGCCUGCUUAGAUGUUCCUUUCCCAACAAAAAGUUUUUAUUUUUAUUUUAAACUUUUAAGUGAAGUUCAGUGACACAAGAGACACUAACAGUUUAAGCUGAAUACUCUACAGUUUUACUAAUGAGACAUGUCCCAAGGUGUUCUGUCUCUGCAGCGUUUCUGUCACACACUCCCUCUGAGAGAAAGUAGCUCAGUGUGAAGGACACAUCUUUUGUUUUGAAAACAGCCGAGCCGUCAUAACUCUCAGCACCGUGUGUCCACUCUACCAGACAAGAGGAACCAGUGGAGUUGGUCUGUUUUAACUCAACCCACAAGAAGCCUGUGUUUAUAAUGCACCAAAAUAUGAGCCCAUAUUUAGUAUCAGUCUGUGGAGUCCUGGGAUGUCCUUCUGUAGGGCAAGUUUCACCAGACACAAAGUUCUAAUGAAAUUGUUUUUUCAAUUUUUUUUUUUUUCAUGAAGUGUCAGUCUGGAAAUUCCCAACCUUAUCUUAUCAUGAGCUGGUAACAACAGGAAACUACAGGAGUUUGAUAACACAUCUUAAGUCCUAUUUAUAGAAAUAUAUCAACAUGUUUUUUUUUGUUUUGUUUUGUUUUUUAAAUCAAUGCCAAUUUUAUGUAGGAAAAAUCUUAAUUGACAAAAAAGGCUAUCAGCAGAGAGUACUUCUGAGCCACAAUAAUUAAAAACAAUGCCCAGCAUAAGUCAGUACCCCCCCCUAUUAAAAUGAAUGUAUUACUUGAUGUCUAGAUGAGCAAAAGUACAAUUUCCAAAGUUUUGACAAAGCUGAGUUUAACAUAACAUUUUAUUUACCAUACGAUGAAAAUAAGGAUGAUAUAGAAACUAAAAUUUAGCAUUGCUCCCAGAACAUUGAUUGGGGUGAACUCAUUUAUGCAUCCUGCAUUUUUAAUUGAAAAAAAAAAUGUUUGUUGUCUAGUCUGACAUGGAAAAACUAACGGUUUUCUGACAACUCUGAAAGGGGUGUACUCAUUUAUGCUGAGCACUGUAUAUAUUAAUAGAAAUUUCUCUGUUAAAUGGCUCCAAUUUAGCACCAAGGUGACGGUUUCUUAUGAGAGGCUUGUGUGAAUUCAUUCAGAGGAUAGGAUUCUGGAAAAAGCAGGAAACUGGAAGAGAGAGUUUGGACUGAUAUGCAGGACACGGGCCACAGCUGGACUCAAACCGAGGCAGCCCACUUAAGGACCGCGGUCUUUGUACUUGAGGCAUAGGAAUUAUCUAAAAGAAUAAAUUCUAUUGACAGUAUCUGACAUAAUGAUUCAUUUUCAAGUGCUUCAUUGCUGACAUUAUAAACCAUAUAGGAGGGGUAUUGGCUUAUAGAUUAACAUGAUUUUUGAUUAACCCAUAACACUGUUUCUGAUUUUAUGUGUGUGGAACUGUUCACAUGUUGUCAAAUGUCUGCAAAAGUACAGACAGACUCCUGCUGUAAAACCUGGAAUAUGAGUUGCACUGGUUUACCGGAGGUGGACUGUUUCUGAGGGUAUCUCAGAGGAAACAGUUUUGAACUUAUUUAACCAUAUGAUGACCUUGAACAGAGUCCAGCAGCUGCAGGUUACUGUGUAACUACGCAGCUCUUUUAAGCACCAUCUGUUUUAGCUGUGACAGGUUUGCAGUCCUGCGGUCUGAGGUCGUUGAGCUCAGCCAGCAUCACUGUUGAUUCUUGUGAGGUUAGACCAUUGCUGAGACUCAUAUACCAACCACCUCCACUGGACACUUCAACUGACAAGUCUCUUUGACCAAACCACCUCACCACAUGGUUUAUUUCUUAAAAGUGUGCCAUCGAUUUGUUUUUUUAUUUUUUACCAUCAUGACCUAAUUUGAGGAAAAGCAGUUAAAACGUGUCCUAGUGAGACUGACCCUCCUCAUCUAGAAGUCACAUGCUUCCUUCUGUACUGUCUUCAGAGCAGCUCUGAAAAUAGUCUCAGUUAAUGGUGUGCUCUUUUAACUGAAGCAUAGGCACAUUUGGACUCCAUAUCAUUGUCUGAAUGGUAUAUCACUUAGAUCGUACUUCAUUUAAGCAUGUCCUUUGUCUCUUAGCUACCUGAAUGACCUGGAGAGGAUCUGCGAGCCAAACUACGUUCCCACUCAGCAGGAUGUGCUGCGAACACGAGUGAAGACUACCGGCAUCGUGGAGACUCACUUCACCUUCAAAGAUCUCUACUUCAAGUCAGUAUUAACUUGAAUUAAUCUUCUCAUCAUCAUGGUUUCCAACAUGUGGGUUUGAGCCUCCAAGUUGCUACAGCAUCAAUAGUGUCUUAUGUUUGGAUUUUUGUCAUUCUCUCAUUGAUUGAUUUUCGAAUGGUAAUCAUGCUAGCAGAAACACAGCAUUCAAAAUGACUUGAAGUUAACAAGUCAUGAUGAUGCUCAGAUAAGUAUGCUCAUCCGCUUAUACCCAAGCCCAUAUUUUAUUACUUUCUUGUUUGAGUAGAUCAUUUUAUGUCAUAAUGAUCCCUUAUUAGGUUGAAUAAUUUUCUGGUUCUUCUCAGCUGAUGCACCUGCAAAUGGCUCAGCUUGUUAUGGGCUCCGUUAAUGCCUCAUUUUAAACCUCUUUCAUAACUCACAAGUGUCAUCGACCCGAUAUGACCCGCUUCAGUUGGAGUAAAUGUGAUUAGAUGGCUUCGGUGCUUUUUCAUGACUUGGUGUAGCUCUUAGAAACCUCUACUCUUGUGUCAGUUCUUUUCUGGUUCACUUGAAAAUCUGUGUGGAUUCAUAUAAAGUGUUAACCUUUAUAUGGAGACACGUGUGGCAGUAACAAACCUUGUCAGUACUUUUACAUGUCUAUUUGUGUUUGCCUCUGUAGGAUGUUUGAUGUCGGGGGUCAGCGCUCAGAGAGGAAGAAGUGGAUCCAUUGUUUUGAGGGAGUCACAAGUAUCAUUUUCUGCGUGGCUCUCAGCGACUAUGACCUUGUCUUGGCUGAGGACGAAGAGAUGGUAGGUGGUAGAAACACUGUGAUUAAGGAUCACUAAAUCCUAACAUAAAAGCUAAAACACAUCCUAUGUUUUGAGAGCAGCCUUUUUUCACAGCACACAAUUAGAUUUACCCCGAAGAGGAAAAGCACAGGUGUUACUAAUACGAUUAUAAGGAUGGCUUCUAUUCAAGUGUCCCAGUAAGCCAUGACAGGGAGCCAGCUUUUCUUCUGAAGCUCGUUCAUGCUGGCCAGAAACAAAGCAGAACCCUUUUCAUUUAGACAGACACCACAAACGCUGAAAAUUAGGUUAAAUAAGUCUUUAUUUUUAUUGCUCAUGAUUUGCAUGUUAGUUAAUUUAUGUGCCUUCAUUUUAAAGAGCGCUAUGCCAUCUCUAGCUUGAUUAUUAACACUUCUAUUGUCUUGCCAUGACGUGUCAAAAUGCCAUAUGAGUUAAUUGCCUGAAGUGUGAUUAUUCUUAUCUGCUUUAAUCUUCAGAACCGGAUGCACGAGAGCAUGAAGCUUUUUGACUCCAUCUGCAACAACAAGUGGUUCACUCUCACCUCCAUCAUCCUCUUCCUAAACAAGAAAGACCUGUUUAAAGAGAAGAUCAGUAGGAGCCCGCUCACUAUCUGCUACCCCGAAUACUCUGGUGAGACAAAUAAAUGUGGUUAAAAUGAGUCUUUUCCACUCAACAGUUUUCAAAAGGGGACAUCUUUUUACAUCUGUGUGCUGUGUUGGAGCAUACACUUCCUAGAUGUGUAGGCAUAUGUUUUCAUUAUAUUCAUCCUUCAUUCUUUAUUCAUCCCACAGUGGAGUAAUUUACACACAUUUGACUUACAAAUAUAACAGACUGAGUUCCUGUUGUGAAGCCAGUUUAUUUACACCUAAUAAUUUUAACAGAUUCCCCGCUCUCACGCAAGGAACAUUCAAAAGCUCCUCUGUUGGAGUUUCGCAUUUUUUGCAGCGUUCCUCCUAAACAACAUUUUUGUACUACACAAAAUAGAAAACAUGUAUUAAAAAAUACUUUUAUUAUUAUUAUUUUUUUUUACUCUAGAUUGUCUAAAAGAUAUCGCUGAAAAUUUGUUAUUCUGUUAUUUGCUUUUUUCGCUGCUGUAGGUGGGAAUGGAUACGAUGAGACUUCAACUUACAUCCAGUGCCAGUUUGAGGACUUGAACAAGCGAAAGGACACAAAGGAGAUCUACACCCACUUCACUUGUGCCACAGACACAGAAAAUGUGCAGUUUGUGUUCGAUGCCGUCACCGAUGUCAUCAUCAAGAUCAACCUGAGGGAGAUAGGACUCUUCUAAAGAUUCAGGCCCUGCAGGUCAGCAGACUGACGGGACUUUGACUGCUGCUCAUGUAGAUGACAAAGCAAACAGUUGAAAUGUACAGAUGAUUUUUGCACAACCAGAGAGAGAGUUUUUUUAUGUCAUGUUAGCAGAGUUGGCUUGAUAACAAGGGGGGAGGAUUAUGAGGUAACUAUGCAGCUUCACUCAGAGGAUCAGUCCCAGCUGCUUUGGUCGACUCAGCUGAGAAACAUUUUUUCAUAUAACGUGUAAUGAAUCUGUCAAAACAGAAAAACACAUCAUGUUUGAUAAGUGAUAAUUAACUCUUUUAGUUAAGAAACACUUUUUGUGAAGUUUAGAGCGAAGUAAAUGCGAAAACAGUGAUCGGACCUUGAGUGAGGACUUCAUUGAAAUGACUGCAGCGUCAAUCCACAAAUAAAAACCGAGUACUGAGUACAUUGCUGACAUUUGGUAUUUUAGCCAAGUACACAAUCCUACAACAAAUCCAGCCUACCCUAUGCUUAAGAGCCUCUAAAUCUUGAAAACAGAAGUAGUCCUUCCCACACACCCUCACAGUGUGGUUGUCAUUUCUGGUAUGACUCAUUAACCAGCUUUCCAAAUUAGAUGUCCAAGCCAACAGUUGCGUGCAAACAAAUAAAGUAAAAAUGAAAAAUAUUAGCUCAAAGAAAAACCAACGGCCAAAGUGUCAGCUGUGACCACAGAACAAAAGUUAACCAUAAAAAAUACUGUUACGCUUUACACAGUCGAAAUAAAGUGAAUCAGCCAGAAGAGAAGUGUCCUACCAUUGAAACGCCAACAUAUGAUAAGUUUUGCUAUCAAGUUACCAAGAGCAACCAAUGAAUGCCUGAUAAUAAUGCUAGCAUACUUAUAUGCUUAUGCUAGCAUGCUAACAUGUUCAUGUUACAGCCACUCAUGUCAGCCUGAAACCAUAUCAGAAUUAGAAUCAGAAUCAGAAGGGGUUUUAUUGCCAUUGUCAAUGAACAGACUAGGAAUUUUUUACGGCAUGAUGGUGCAACAUUAAACGGAGAAUAUUAUAUAAAAUACUAGAAUAGAAAAUAAUAAGAGCAUGCAGGACAUAUAUAAAGUAUAAAAGGCUAUGUACAACUACACAAUACAGAACAACAGUGCAGUGCAAUUAAAAAACCAAGGUACAUUUAACUAAAGUGACCAGUGAUAAAGUGAUAUACAUACAUCCAUGCUAAUAUUAGCUCAGACUGAUGAGUUAAAACCGCCUCCACAUAUAUAUGCACUGUAUGUCAUAAUUACCUCUGAGCUUUUGAAUAGAGUUAAACUGACAUAUUAAGGGGGUUCAUAGUUAUAAUACUAAAAGUCAUCUCCUUUAACUUGGUUAAUGGGUUAAUGGUGUUUUCCUUUUCUUUGCAGGUGUCAGGAGGAAAAUAAGGACUUUUGGACUGGUAUGUGGAGUCUGCAGAAAGCACAUUGUAAAGUAGGUCUAACUAAAGACUGAGCUGGUGGUCAUGCUGAAUGCUGGACCUUAAUUCCACUAUUUUGGGACUUGAUGCUGUGAUCACUUUUGUCUUAACUGAUUCUUAAUGCAGAGAUCACUGAGAGCAAGUGAGGAGUGAGGGAAGCUUGUGAAGCGAUCAUUGUGAGCGGUGUGGAGUCCUGUCAUAUUUGAGACCUUUGCAUCAGUCGGGGGCUGGCAGGUAAAGCCCCUGUGAUGUGUGGGACACAUUUAGAGUUUGUCUGUCAUAUGUCCGAGGACCAAAAGAGCCUUUUUUUUUUUUUUAAUGAAAUCCAUGACUGCAUUUCACAGUGUCACGAGUCAUAUGUAAAUGGUGUUCACUCUUUUGUGUGUUACAACCCUUUUAGUUUUUAUCCCACCAUUUGAAUCUCUGCAAUUGUUAUAUAUUAUUUUAAUUUUUUGUUGCAGCUAUUUAGUAUUUCUACUUUAGGAUGUUUGAGUGAGAAAUUUUUGUGUGAGCAGUUUUGACGUAAAUAAGAUAACCUUUUUGGGUCUAGGAUCAGUUGAGAGGCUAAUAAACACAGUAGCAACACUGCCAAUUUAAUCAUUAAGUAGUCAAACAUGUUUUUAUAUAAAUGAGACACAUUAGUGCAAAUCAAACUGUUGAGGUUAAUCCUUUUUUUCCACAGGAGUGUGAAAAUGACAAAUAUUAUACACACAGAUGAGUCCAUGUAGAAAACUCCUAUUGAGGUUAAAAUGAAGCCUCUGGUUAUCAGUGAAGACAUUCAAACAUAUUAAAUAUAAAAAGUUCAAAGUUCGCUUGAUUUGUUUUUUCCUCACACACUGAAGUCCAGAUAGACACUUCACUGAAAAGGUCUGUUUAUUGUCUAUUAGACCUAAUUCAUUAAUACACUUGUGGUUAGAUAUUUAAGAAUUUCAUCCUCUAUAAGACGUUUUUAAGACUUGUUGCCAACUAUGCAGGAAAUACGUUCAAUAUUUUUAUUUUUUAAGCAUUAAGAAUAACUUCAAACAAUCUUGUCUGUUUCUUUUGGUAGAGUCAUAUUUCAAAAAGUACUUUGUGGCUCAAACGCCUGAGUGGUUCAUGCUCGAAAGAUAACGCUGCAUCUUCUGACAGCAAUAAUCCUGAUGGACAGAUGGAUAAACUAAUGAACCACACUGGGAACAGACUUGAUGUUACAAAGCUGUGUUCUAACAAGAUGACAUGUCCUGAGCUGAUCUUUGCUCUACUUUAUGUAGCAAAGAUGAGUAAAAAAAACACAAAGCAGAAAAACCAAGAACAUAACUACAGGAGCUUCUCUGCAGACUGAAACCUUUCCUCCUAUCUCCUCUUGUUCGCUGCACUCGGAGUUGUCCUUGCUGGCUGUCACAUCUCAAAGAAUCUGUCCCUGCACAAUCGUGCAAUAAAUCUUGUCCUGCAGAUUACCCGGCUAAUUUGUUUUUGCUCCCCCAAUUGGUUUAUUGUAAAUGAACUUCCAUACGCUCCGAUUUCCCUUCUGACUAGAGAUGGGAGCUUACAUAACAUCAUCAUUGUGAGAGGAGAGUGACAGCCUGAGGCUCUUCAUCAGUGUUGACAGCCCCUAAUUUGAUAUACAUUAUUCAACGAUUUACUGUGUGGCUCUACAGUUCUAUGGAAAAAAAAGAAACAGAGAUAAAAGUGAAGUUAAUGCAUCUUUAUUUCAUGCCUCUACAUUUCAUAAGAAAGGACAAAGUCGGUAGAUUUUCAUUCCCUUUUCAUAAUAAAGCAACAUCCCUCUAGUUUGACCCUCUCUCUCGUAUAUUUCAAUAUAGUUUUAUUCUCAAAAUAUAUUGAAUUAUCUACUCUUAUGUACAAAGUUUCUCUACCAUGUUUGACCUUCUGAAAUAAAUUCAUCACAUUAAAAUGUUUA